UGUACGGUCCAGAUCUGAUCCGAUUUUUAUACCUAAUUUUUAAAUGCGGAAGGGUAUUUUCGUCUUUUAAUUCUUAGAUUAUAUUUCGCAUGCUACUUCGUUUUACCUCGUCGUCUGUUAUUUUUUUACCUCGCAGUCUUCGCGCUUGUGUUUCUAUAUUCAUUGCGAUUCUCUUCAUCUGUGAGAAUCGUUCGUUUUCUCGUUCAUGACGAUUGAGGAAUCAGGUAUUGUUUGUUAUUUGACGUUCAUGACGAUUCUCUUCAUUUGUGAGAUUAUUCGUCGUUCAGUUAGUUCUUAUUGUGUUUUGAAUUGAGGAAUCAUGUAUUGAUUAUUCGUUGUUCAGUUAGUUGUUGUUUUUUUUAAUUCGUUGUUCUUCGUGAUGAAUAUUAUUUGUUCCUUGUAUUUUUAUUUUCUUUAGUUUGAUGAUUUUAUCGUUUUUUUCUUCUGCAUUAUGUAUAAUAAAUCGGAAAUUACGUUUGCGUUAUGUGUUGAUAUGAAAUCUGUAUUUUUUGUUUGGUUUUUUUUUUUAUUUUAACUUAUGUGCUGUGCUAUAUUUUUUUUACGUUAAAUCUUUAUUUAAAAUUUUGCAUUUGUUUAAUAUAUAUAUGCAUGUUUGUGGUUCGGAUUAUGCACGUGUGUUUAAAUACUUUAUUUUGAUCGGAUGUAUUUAUUUUGCUAAUAUAUAUUAUGCAUUCUCGUGUUUAUGAAUUAUGCAUUUGGUUAUUUGAGAUUAUGCAUUCUCAUUUUUAUGCAUUCUCAUUUUUAUGCAUUAUGCAUUUUUUUAAUAUAUAUAUGCAUGUUAGUGGUUAGUAUUAUGCAUUUGUGUUUAAAUAUUUUAUUUUUAUCGGAUGUAUUUAUUUUGAUAAUAUAUAUUAUGCAUUCUCUUGUUUAUGAAUUAUGCAUUUGGUUAUUUUAGAUUAUGCAUUCCCGUUGUUAUGCAUUAUGCAUUUGGAUUUUUGAGAUUAUGAUUCAUUUUUAUUUUUAUUUUUUGCAGAUGGUGUUUUUUCUGAUCAGAGUUCAACUUCUGAUACAGUGUUUUUACCUGAAUGUGAUGAUGAGUUUAAACCUAUUGUUGGGAAGAAUUUUUCUUCAUUAGAUGAUGGUGAAAAGUUUUAUAUGGCUUAUGCUAAGCGUUGUGGAUUUAAGUCGCGUCUUGGUGCUGUUAAGCGUAAGAAAUCUGGGGUGAUUAUUUCUAGACUUAUUUUUUGUAGUCGGGAAGGGUUAAGUAAAUCUGGUGGAAAUAUUAGAUCUAGGAUGAGUACAAGAGUAGAUUGCAAAGCUCGUAUUAUUCUUCGUGUUGUUGAUGGUGGUUCUUACACUAUUGUGAAUUUUAUUGAGGGUCAUAGUCAUCGAUUUGUUUCAGAUAAUCUUCAACAUUUUAUGUUGUCUAAUCGUAAGUUGGAUCAUGGGCAUAAGAAGUUUGUAUUGAACUGUGUUAAAACCAAUAUUGGUCCUGUUAAAUCAUUCCAUUUGUUUAAGGAAUUGGUUGGGGGUUAUGAUAAAGUUGGAUGUACAGCGGUGGAUUUUAAGAAUUUUGCACGUGAUUUGCGUGCAUAUGUUCUUGGUUCUGAUGCUCAGAUUCUAUUGAAUAAUUUGUUCAAUAAGCGUGAAAUUUGUAGCGAUUUUCAGUUUGAAUAUGCAGUUGAUAGUUCUGAUAAACUUACAAGGCUGUUUUGGGCUGAUCCUUUAUCAAUUCAGAAAUAUGAUGCUUUUGGUGAAUCUGUAUCAUUUGAUGCGACAUACUCAACUAACAGAUAUAAUCUUAUAUUUGUGCCAUUCACUGGUAAAGAUAAUCAUGGAAGUUGUGUGACCUUUGGUGCUGGUCUAAUUUCUCAUGAGGAUGAGGAAUCAUAUUCAUGGGUUCUUGAGAAGUUUGUUGAAUGCAUGAGGAGAAGACCAAGGAUGAUUAUUACAGAUCAAGAUCCAGCUUUAAAAAAAUCUGUUGAACGUGUUUUAUAUGAUACGCGUCAUCGAUUUUGCAUGUGGCAUAUCAUGGUUAAAGUUAUGGAUAAGGUUCCACAUCGACUUAAGACCGAUUUACAGUUUAAAAAGGAUUUUAAUCGUCUUGCAUGGUCUGAGUUUACUGAGCCUUUGAGUUUUGAACGAAGAUGGAAUGAUUUAAUGGAGAAAUAUGGUUUGGUUGGUGAUAAAUGGUUUGAUUCUAUGUUUGCUCAGCGUAGUUAUUGGAUUCCUUCAUUUUUUAGAGAUUGUCAUAUGAGUGGGUUAUUUAAGACAACGUCUAUGUCUGAGAGUCAGAAUAGUUUUUUCCGUAGGUAUUUCAAUAGGGGUGCAAAUCUGAUUGAAUUCUUUAUUCAUUUUGAGCGUGCUAUUGAAGCUCAAAGAAAUCAGUGUGAUCGUCUCAAUAGUGUUGAUGUUUCUUGUUUCCCAAAGUUGGUGACAGAUCUGGCAAUUGAAAGGCAUGCAGCAACUGUUUAUACUAGUGGGAUGUUUGUUGAGGUUCAAAAGCAGAUUGUUUCAGCUAGUUUCAGUUGCUGCAUAUUGGAGAUUAGGACUGGUGUCGGCGAGAAUGUUUAUGUAGUUGAAGAUGGUGAAAGUGGUAAAUUUAGUGUCACUUAUAAUUUGGCUGACUAUAGUUGCAAUUGUGAUUGCAAGCACUUUGUGAGGUGUGGUUGGCUUUGUUCGCAUGUAUUUUGUGUGUUGAAGAAUGUUAAGAUUCAGAGGAUUCCUGAUCAAUAUAUAUUAAAGCGUUGGACAAAAGGAAUUUGCGUUGGUGGAAGUACAAAUUCUGGUGGGACAGAUACUCUCUCUCAGUUAUAUUCUUUAGCUUAUAGUUGUAUAGGUCUGGUUCAAGGUGAUUCUGUAAAGAUGGAGAAGUUAUUUCAAACUUUGAAAGGUGUGCAUGAUUCUUUGUCUGUGAAUAGUUCUAGCAGUUCAAAUGAUGAUCUUUUUAAUGAGUUUUAUGGUGGUGCACCUCCUGAAGUAGUUGAUGUUCACCCACCUGAUAUUGUGAAGACAAAAGGUAGUGGAAGUCGUUUGAAGUCGAGGAUUGAGAAGGCUUUAAGGGAUAAGAAUAAACCGAAACGAAGAUGUGGCAAUUGCAAAGAGAUGGUGAACCAUGAUGCUCGUAAUUGUGAUCAGGAACGUGCUGUUAAAUAGGUUUUUUAUAUUUUAUUUUACAUUUUUUGUAUAGUAUUCUUGAUUAAGAUUUACAUAAAUAAUUGAAAUAUUUCAUUGUUCUA